AAAAGGUAAAGGAUGACGUUCUUUGGGAAUUGAAUGAACGGUCACUCUUCGCUUUUCAUUCUCUGUAUAAAAUUGUCUUGUUUGCUAGUAAAAUUUGUAUAACUAUGGAGGAUCUUUUAAAUGAAGUGGUACCACAAGAAGAUUUAGAGAGAUUCGAAAAAAAAUAUCAUCACGAACUUGAGUUGGAUGGUGAAGUUACCACAGACACAAAGUUUGAGUACGCAUUCUGUCUGGUCCGUAGUCGUUAUACAAAUGACAUUAGAAAGGGUAUUAUGAUUUUGGAGGAAUUGGCUCGUACUCAUCCAGAUGGAAGGCGUGACUAUAUAUAUUAUCUGGCCUUUGGUAAUGCUCGUAUUAAGGAAUAUACGUCUGGCCUAAAGUACUGCAGAGCAUUUCUUGACAUCGAAUCAAAUGAUCAAGUUCGCUCCCUAGAGGAAUAUAUUAAAAAAGAAAUCGAUAAGGAAGUGGCAAAGGGUAUGGCGGUUGCAGGCGGAGCAGCUUUAGUACUUGGCGGAAUAUUGGGACUUGGCAUAGCUAUGGCUAGAAAUAAACAAAAACGGGAGAAAUAGCAACGUCAACACUAAGGAAAAUGAAUCCUUCUCGAAAGGUGCACAUCAAAGAUGUCAAUCCUUAGGAUGUGUUAAUUUACUACACAAACAUUCUAGUUAAUCUAUGUACGAUUAAUCAAUAAAUUAUCCAAUUGUUUCUGGUA